UUUAUCUGUGGUUACAUCAAAAAUGGAAGCUGCGGGCACUGACGCCGGCGCUAAAAAUCAUUUGCAAAAUGCUUUAUCCGAGUCAGAAAUCGCAAAUUUGCCCGCAGCUGUCGCGGAUAAAAUUAACACAUACAUUGACCAAAAGUUUGAAGAAUACUUAACCUCCAAGGCACUCCAUGAAACCAGUAAAUCACAAAUAGGGGACAAGAUAUCUGAUUUAGAAGGAGCAAUAACUGAAUUGACUGCAAAAUAUGAAGAUGUUGCAAAAAAAUUGCUGGUUGCUGACGAAUCCGUUGCCGAGUUAGAGAAGCAGCUUACAACAUUAAACUCGGAGCAAGACAAGGCGCGGGAUAAAAUUGCUCGUUUGGAAAAUGAAGCAAUUUCUCUUAAAAGCGCGCGAGAUGCUGCAGUGGAUGAAAGGAAUGACUUAACACGUAUAUUGGAAAGGCGAGACACUGAAAUUGAACGGUUAACGGCCAACGAAGCAUCGCUUUCACAACAACUGCGUGCAGCUAUUGACGCAAAAUGUGAAGCUCUUGCCCUUAAUGACGAGAUCCAAAGUAAAGAACUGGCUUUGCAAUAUCGUGAAAAACGAAUAGAACAGGAAAGAACUCUUCUCAACUCUCAAAUUUCUGGAUUGACUGAAGAAGUCAACAGGCUUACUUCAGAAUUGCAGACCGUAAGACUGAACAGUACCAGCAGAUUAGUUAACGUGGAAACCCAGUUAGCUGAAAAAAUCGAAGAACUGAAUGCCGCAAAUGAAACAGUUUCUCAGUUAAAUGAGGUAAAAAAGAAUUUAAAUACCCGCGCCGAAAAUCUAACACAGCGCCUUCUUGAGCAGAGGGAAGUUGAAAACAAAAUGACUGACAAUUAUAAAAAAGAAUUGGAUGCCAAAACAAAAUUAGCCGAUUUAUUCAAAACUAUGCAUGAUGAUGCUGAGGCAAAAACUAUGGAGCUAACUGAAGGCAUUUCAGAACUGCAAAAGUUACUGAAUGAAGCUACAGAAAAAUAUGGUGAAUUGGAAACGAAAUAUAAGCAGGCCGAAUUAGACCAUGAAGAAAUGAUGGAGAAAAAGAAUGAGAUCAUUUCUUCCCUUAAGAAUGAACUAGAACAUGCAAAUGAUCUUUUAAAGGCUGCAAAUGCACAAAACCUUGACAUGGCAUUAAGUGACUUAGCUCCAUCUGCAGCUACAGCUAGUAAGCUUUUGAAAUCAGGAAUGUCCUUGACUCAAAUUUAUUCACAGCUAGUAAAAGUCACUGAUGAACUAGCACAAGAAAAAGAAGAAAAUAGACGACUUAACAUAACCAUCAAUACUAUCGUUCAAGAAUUAGAGGAAAAGGCUCCAAUGCUCCAAAAACAAAAAAUUGAAUAUGAAGAAGCAAUAGAAAGUAAUACAGCCUUAUCUCAGCAAAUUGAUUCUUUGGUGAUUGAAUGCAACAGGCUAAGGGAUGACUAUAAUGAGUCCUCUAAAAUCGCCAACCAUUAUAGCCGCGAAAAUACAAGACUCAAAGGCGAGCUCGCAGAUUUGGGAAGGCAGGUUUGUUUCUUGUUGAAGGAAAUUGAACAUAGUCGCGGAGGGUUACUUCCUAAUGGCGAUCACGAUGCCUCUAAUACUGCCUCAAAUGCAACUAAUUCAUCAGAUCUUAGUUCAUCCAGGAUCAUAUCCAAGACAUUAGUAACUUUCAGUGACAUUCAGGAGCUACAAGCAAACAAUCAAAAACUGCUGCGCAUGGUUCGCGAUUUGACUGACAAGCAAGAAGAAUUUGAGCGACACAAAGAACAAUUUGAGACAGGAGAAAUGCAAAAUAAAAUAGAAUCAUUGAAGAACAGAGUUCUGGAACUAACCGAAGCCCAAGACCGCCAGACCAAAAUGGUGAAUGGUUUAAUUAGACAACGCGAUAUGUUCAAGAAAUUAUAUCACGACCUCAUGAAAGGCAAACGCCAUGAAGUGAGUUCCGUUUUGGAAGAUAUUGACAUGGAAAAGGGAGAUUCAUUUACUAUGGAAACUACUGAAAAACCCCAAAAACCAGCAGCUGAAGCACCUGCUCUAGAAAUAAAGUUAAAAGAAACAGAAAAACACUUGGAACUGUUGAAAGAGGAAUAUAAAACAUACAAAGAAGAAAAACUAACAAAUGAGAAAAUGUUGUUUGAACAAAUUGAUAACAUGCGCCAAGAGAUAUCAAAACUAACAGCGGCUAACAGCAAAUGUGCGUCAACCUCGGAGUAUAAUAACGAGAGACUUAAAAUCUUGCAAACAAAUGUUACUACUUAUAAAAAGCAAAUCGCAUCUCUGGAAGAAAAGAACAAGGCUUAUAAUGCUACAAUUGCUAAGCAUGAAGUUUCUCUGCAACACUUGCGCGACGAGGCUCUGAAUGCGCAAGGUAAACUUGCUGCUGCUGAAAUACAAGUAGAAAAUUUAAGAUUGGAAUGCAAAUUACUAAAAGACACUGAGCUGCGGCUGCAGACUGAAAAAGAAAUAUUAAACCGAGAACGUCAGGGUCAAUCCUUACUGUUGAAGAACCUUGAAUUAAUUAAGGCAAGCUUAGAGCGAGUCGAAGUUGAAAACCGCUCAAAAAUUGAAUCGCGCUUGGACGAGGCGACCAGAGAAUGUUCUGCAUUAAGAAGAAGGCUACAAGAAGAACAAGAUAGAUUUAGAGAAUUAGCGUCGCAUCUUGAACGUCAAACUGAAACCGCUAAAUCGCGUAUGCAAGAGGAAAAAGAUGCAGCUGACCAACUGAGAAAAGAAAUGACACAACUACGGGCUGAUUUCUCUGAAAAAAAUAAAGCUAAUGAAGAACUUGCUAAAAAACUUAAGAUCGCAUUGACGCCUAAUUCAGAUGGUUCGUUUGAUUCGAUGAAGAAGAUAAAAGAGUUGGAAAAUAAACUUUCAGAUAAAGAGGCAGAAAUCCAAUCUUUACAAGAACAGUUGAAUGUGGCAAAGGAACAUAUUAAACAAUACUGUGACAUAUCAGAAGGUGCUGAAAAAGAACUUAAAACACUUCAUACUGAGUAUGAAACAUACAAGUCUGAGACAGAGGCGAAACUUUCCGAAUAUACACAAAAGUUACAACACCUUGAAGAAAAAUGUGGGGAACUUGAAGCAGAACUUACUUUACAGGCUAAUGGAGAGCAGUCUAUCAGUAACAAUGCUCUAAGGCGAGAACUAGCGGAAGCUAAAGAAGAAUUAAAGACUGCUUUAGCGGACUAUGAUAAUUCUCAGUCAGAGCUUACAGCCUUGCGAGCAGAAAUAGGUAAAAUGUCAGAAGUUGUCAUUAAAGCUGAAGAAAAAUAUAAUCAUGAAAUGAUGCUUCAUUCUACUGAUAUUCAAGCUUUGUCCAAUGUGAAAGAAGAACUGUCUAGAGCUCAAAAUCAAAUCAAUGAAUUAGUCGCAUUAAAAAAUAAUGCUGUUGAGAACUUAGAAACUGAAAAGGCUGCUUGGGCUGAAAGAGAAAAAAUGAUUGCUGCAGAAAACGCGCAGUUGUUAGAGCGUUUUAAGGAUCUAAAUGAUCAGAAUUCAUUGUUACAUAACCAGAUUCAAGCAUUAGGUACUCAGUUGUCCGUCACACAUGCCUCGAGAUCCAUGUCAGAAAGCAUGAAUGAAUCAGCCAAUGAUUCGUCCAUGAACGUAUCUAUUUCUGAGGAAGAUGGAAAAUCGUCAGAACAAUUAUUCCAAAUCGUCAAGUUCCUUAGGAAAGAAAAAGACAUUGCUAUGGCGAAGUCGGACAUUCUCAACGCAGAGAACAUGCGGCUGAAAUCGCAGUUAGAAAUUGCGGAAAAACAACUUGAUAGCGCUAAGUUGGCGUUAGCUGCUGAAAGAAAAUCUGAAGUGAGCAUGGUGACUGUUAACAAGCAAUCAGACAUUCUUAGGAAAGUCGAAACGCUGAAUGCUUUGACGGAUAGCAACAGAAUUCUUAGAGAAGAACGUGAUACUUUAACAAGUCGCGUAGAGGAACUCACUGCCUCAACUAGGCAGCUCGAAGAGAAAUUAGCUCCACUACAGGAAAAAAUCAAUGACAUGACUUCAAGGAAUGAAACAUUACAAUCAGAAAAUACAUCAUUGAAAGCAGAUUCUGCUCGCUGGCGAACUCGAGUCAACGCUUUGGUGGAACGCGCCAACAAAACCAGCCCAGAGGACUGGAAGAGGCUUCAAAAUGAAAGGGAGACACUGGCUAAGAUGUUAACCAAUGAAAAAGACAGCACCAGAAAGGCCAAUGAGGAACUUGGGGCACUUAGAGUCGAAAAAAGUAAGUUGGAAGAGCAAUAUACAGUAUUAUCGCGGCAGCAAAGUUCUCUGGUCGAAGAAAACAAGAGGUUAACAGAAGAAAUAAAUACCCUUAAAGAUGACAUGGCUAGAGUUACUGAAGAACUUACCAAGGUUAAGGCGGAGCUUGCUACCGCUCUUGAAACAAAUGCUAAGCUAACUGAAGAAGUCGCCAGUAAAGAUGCUUCUCUCAAUGACAUUAGAAACAAGGAAAUGCAAAUUAGAAAGAUAGCUAAGAAGUACAAGGUGCAGUAUGAAGAGUUGGCGAAGUCUGUUGAAGAAGAAAAGAAGAAGACAGAAGGGGAAGCUGCUGCAGCGGACGCUGCUUCGGCCGAAAGCGCUAAGAAGAUGGAUGCACAGCUCACUGAAAUACAAGCUCAAUUGGAAGCUGAGAACGCCAACAAUGAGAAAUUAAAACAAGAAAUUGAAAGUCUCAGAACGGCAAAUACUGACAAAGAAGAGAAGGCCAAAGUAGUAUUGAAACAAGCUAAGAAUAAGAUUGUUCAAUUAACUGAGCUGAAAAAUACGCUAAGUCGCGAAUUGGAAGAGGCGCGUACUAAAAUAGGUGCCAUAGAACAAAGUAAUCGGGACGAGCAAGACGUGAGGUUGGCUUUGAUCAAGUCUCAGUACGAGGGCCGCCUGUCGCGCCUCGAGAAGGAGCGAACGGAGGCUCAAGCGGAGAAGACGCGAGAGAUCGAGGCGCUACAACAGAAGGUGACGAUGCUGCAACGGCAGCUUCAGAGCCAAGCCUCGGCGUCCAAACAACAGGCUACUACUGAGAAAACCACGACGGACCCGCCCACGGCGAAUAUCAAACCAAUGGCUGGUGUAGCUCAACAAAGCGCACAUACGAUGGCGCGCGGGCGCGGCGGCGAGACCCCGCUAGCAUCUAUCCGGCCUAUGGCGCAGGUCGGCCCUACAGCGCCGCACGACGCACACACCACCGAGUAUAUGCCUGCGUCCUCGUCUCGCCCGCUGCCACGCGCUGCACUUGCUGCGUCCACUGCGCCGCCGGAGUCCACGCAGGAUAUGGACACCAGUGAAGCUGGUAUGGGCAGUUCAGGUUCUAGUGACAGUUCAGCACAACCUUCAUCGCAUUCCCAAGCUCCUCAGCAAGCCGUAGCCCUCGUGAUGCCUCGCAUCGAGCAGCCGAGCGGCGCGAGCUCCGGCGCGGCCGUGUCCGGCUCGGCGUCCGCCGCGGUCACCAGCGUCGCCGCUCCCGCUGCGCCUGCCACUUCCUUGCAAGGCGCCACAAGCGGCACACCAACAUCGGCCGCUAGCGCGCAGCCGUCCGGCGGCGUGAGCACAUCCCACGCGCCGGCCGGCGUCAGCACCACGCACCCACCGGGCGUCAGCACGUCGCAGCCGCCGGCCGGCGUCAGCACGUCGCACCCGCCCGGCGUCAGCACGUCGCACCCGCCCGGCGUCAGCACGUCGCACCCGCCCGGCGUCAGCACGUCGCACCCGCCCGGCGUCAGCACGUCGCACCCGCCCGGCGUCAGCACGUCGCACCCGCCCGGCGUCAGCACGUCGCACCCGCCCGGCGUCAGCACCUCGCAGCCGCCGCCCGACGCGCGCCCGCCCAAGCGCCGUCUGCAGUCCCGCCCUGUCACCGCCAAGCGGACCAGGGUGCAGCAGGGCUUCGAGCGGUCGGUGGAGGUAGAAUACCAAGUACCAACUUCAUCCCGCUGCGACCAAGACGACGAGGGAGUCAUCGUCGUGGACUCUGAGGAGGACGACGAGCGCUGCUCCGGCACCAUGUACAGGGAAGGCGAAGAGGACGAGGAGGAUAUGGAGGAGGAGCAGGAGGUGGAGGCCGGUGAGGAGGAGGAGGAGGUGGAGGAGGGCGCCGACGGCGACGCCGGCGCGGCGCACCAGGAGUCGCCCGCGCAGUCGCCGAUGGGCGGGUCGGAGGGCGAGCUGAGCGGCGCCGGCGCCGGGGAGCCCGACUCCGAGCCCGCGCCGCAGGGGCCGCAGAUCGAGGCCAUCAGCAGCGGCACCGAAGCCAGCGGAGCCCUGUCGCUUGGUGGCAGCGGCGGUGACGACGGCGACGAUAGUAUCGUCCCCUCCACUCCUACCCUCUACGUGCCGAGAAGAAACGAUGGGUUCGGCGAGGCGGUAGUGUCUCCGCUGGGCGCGGGCGGCGCGGCGCACGGGGCGGGCUCGGGCGCGGGCGCGGGGGGCGCGCGCUUCACGUUCGCGGAGGCGGGCGCCGCCUCGCACCACGACACGCACGCCGACCUCGCCUCCGCGCUGCCGCCGCCGCACCCGCACCCGCACCCCCACCCCCACCCCGCGCCCAGCCCCGCCAUCUCCGACUCCAGAUCGGAAGGCAAUGAGAGUCGCGAGUGGGAAGAAUCUCGCGUAGAGGAGGAAGCGGCAGCUGUCAGCUCUCAGGGCAGCGAGCCGUCGUCUCCACACCAGGUUGCAGAAGAGGGACGCGAGGCGGAGGCGAGCGCGCCAGCGGGAGCGCCGCGCCGCGGGCCGCCGCCGCGCGCGCUUUCGCCGCACCAGCGCUGGAUGCGAGCCGCCGACAGCGAAAGCGGACCUAGAGGCCGCGGCAUGAGGCCGCGAGGAAGACCUUCGCGGAGGGCCCACUAUAGAUAUUAAGAAUAACAUAUUCAAUAUUCAUUUUCACAUUUCUCCCACAUAUUCAUAACUAUUUUCCUAAUAAUAAGUCAGGUAUUCGUUCCACAAACGUUGUUGUGGACAUAAUAGAUAUGAUUGUUUUGCUAUUAGUGUGAGUAUCCUGAUAAUAGCCAGGAUGAGUAAGUGAGUGAAUGAGUGAAUAAAUGUGGAUGGCCUAUUGUUUAAAUGUCACCUAUAAAGAUUUACUGUCAUAAUAUAUCGUUUAUGUGUUUUGAAACCGAACAAGAAACAAAACUAAAUGAAUCUGCCUAUAACCCUUUCUCUGGGCAUAAAUACUUGGCUUUACGUCAUAUCGUAUAUAUGAGCCGCGCAGUGAAAGAGUUAUUGCCUGAUUAUGUUGGCAUAUGUUUUGACAAAAUAUGGUAUGGUACCUAUUAUAGUAGUUCUAAGGAGUAAUAUAAAGACUAGAGCAUUGCGAAAUUUCUCAAAUUUGUUUCCAAGUGAUACUUAAUGUAAUGGUUCAUGACGCGGUUAUAAUUUUUUAUUGUAAUUUAUAAUAUAUAAAGAUUUCAGACGUUCCUUUAUUAAAUGUAAAGUUUUUUUCUGUAAGACAUGUAUCGUUUUAUUAAGUGCAGGAAACUUUAGUCUUGUAAAAAUGAGGAGCUGUAGUGGUUCAUGGUGAGUAACCACCUCCAGAAUGUGACAUUUAAAUUCAUAAAAUUAGUAUUUCAUUAGAUUUAUGUAUCCAAUUAAAAACAUUUAUGAUAAAUAAGUCAUUAUUAUAAAGUUAAAGAAAGCAAUUCCAUUUGUAAUAAUUUCCUUAUAAUUUACCAAUAAAAAACUGAAAGUUCA